CUAUAUUGUGCAAGUUGGCUAAAGGUCACCACUACGACGUCGUUUCAUUCAACAUUUUCCUUUUCUGCAUCUUCUUCACUGUUUCACGUUUCUCCGUUGUGUCUUAAACCUGUUUGUCUUGGUGCUCUUUCAACUGUCCACUCUGAUUCUUCACGCCACUCAAAAAAAACCUAGAGAAUUUCAAGAUCUUGGUUUUAAACUGCUGAAAAACACUAGUCUUAAAGAAAAAAGUGAACUCCGGUAAUGUCUACUGGGCUCCCCGGAGUGCCGUUGGUUCCGCCGUUGCCGUUUCCUCCGGCGGAUAAUGCAACUACUCCAACAUCUCCGGUGAACCCAAGUACUACUCCUCCGUCUCCAGAUGUUGCUAGUCAGCCUUCUCCGGCGACCUUGUUAAAUCCGCCGCCCUCAUCGAUUAAUGGAAGCUCUCCCACGAGUGCUCCGUCGAAUGGGUCAUCGAAUAGUACAACUUUAGUAGCACUUGGAGUUGGAAUUGGGAUUGGAGGAGCACUUGUGCUUAUAUGUGUGUGCAUUUUUGCACUUUGGUAUAAGAGGAGAAAAAGGCGUCUUGGGCUAAAUGGUUUUGGUCAUGAUCCAUCACAAGCUCCCAAAGAUAAUUUGUUUGGUGGUCAACAUCAUCACUGGCAACAAAAUGCUCCUCCCUCAACAGAAAACAUGGUGAGGAUUCCAAUAAAUCCCUCCCCUCCACCAUCCAUUACAUCAGUUCCACAAGUAACUGCAGCAGAUGGAUGUACUCCUUCACUGCCACCUUCCACUGGCAGUAACUUGAGUACUGACAAACCUUUUCUACAAACAACCCCUGAUUCCAGCUCGAGUUUCUCGAGAACUACAUUCACCUAUCAAGAAUUAGCAUUUGCUACUGAUUAUUUCUCUGUUUCCAACCUCCUUGGUCAAGGUGGUUUUGGAUAUGUAUACAAGGGAGUAUUCCGUGAUGGGAAGGAGGUUGCCAUUAAGCAACUUAAAGCUGGAAGUGGGCAGGGGGAGCGUGAAUUUCAAGCAGAGGUGGAGAUUAUUAGCCACGUUCAUCACAAGCAUCUUGUUUCAUUGGUUGGACACUGCAUUUCAGGGGUGCAGCGGCUGUUAGUUUAUGAAUUUGUCCCAAACAAAACUUUGGAGUUCCACUUGCAUGGAGACAUAACUGCAGGCAAGGAGCAUCCCCCACUAAGCUGGGAAACUAGGAUGAGAGUUACUUUAUGUUCUGCAAGAGGAUUGGCAUAUCUGCAUGAAGAAUGUCAUCCCAAGAUCAUACAUCGCGAUAUCAAGGCCUCCAAUAUUCUUCUUGAUGACAAUUUUGAUGCAAAGGUUGCUGAUUUUGGGCUUGCAAGGUUGAAUUAUGACUCUGAUACUCACGUCUCCACACGAGUAAUGGGAACUUUUGGGUACUUAGCUCCUGAGUAUGCUCUUACGGGGAAGCUUACUGAAAAGUCUGACGUCUUCUCUUUUGGAGUCAUGCUUUUGGAGAUUAUAACUGGAAGACGGCCGAUUGAUAAAGCUCAACCCUACCUUGACGAUAACAUUGUUGAUUGGGCGAGGCCUUUGCUUACCCAGGCUCUGGAUGAUGGCAACUUUGAUACUCUGGCUGAUCCAAGAUUGGACAAGAAUUAUGACUUGACUGAAAUGACCAGAAUGGUCACUUGUGCUGCUGUGUGUGUGCGCCAUCUAGCACGUCGCAGGCCUCGUAUGAGUCAGAUUGUCAGAGCUUUAGAAGGAAAUUUGCCGUUGGAUGAGUUAAAUGGACUUAGACCUGGACAUAGUGGUAUACAUGAAUCUUACGGAAGCUCGGAUUUUGAUGCUGUUCAGUACAAAGAAGACCUUAAGAAAUUUAGAAAGAUGGCUCUGGAAAGCCAGGCACAUAAUUCUAGUGAAUGCAGCGGGCCUACCAGUGAAUUUGGCCCCCAUCCUUCCGGUUCAAGUAGUGAAGGCCUAAGAACAACUCAAGGCACACGUUCUAGUGUUGAAGGUCAUCGAGAAAUUAGAAUAGACUAGAAGAAGACAACUAGGAAGCAGAAAACAGUGAUUUUUUUUUUCGAACGAAAGGGUGCAAAUGUAAUGAACUCUUCUCAGAAAUUGUUGGAUUUGGUAGUGUGUUUAGAGAAUUGUGUGAAUUUGGCAUACCUUUCAUAUGCCACUCAUCUUUGUAAUUAUCAAUUGAUCUAGGUGCUGUUGCAGAUUUUGUAUUGUUCCCAUAUCCAGUUCCUCUAAAGUUACAUGUAAAGAAAGGAUUAUCAAAAGCAUUAUAUGAAGCCAUGAAGUUGGCUAUAUUUUUUUUUAUCCUUGAAA